AUGUCCAUGGCUCUCCAGUUCAACUCACCCACUCCAGACCACACGCACUUCCGCGCGUUCCUCCCUUUCGCUCCUGCCAUGGAGCCUCUCCCCACUGUAGGCUUUCCGCUUUUCGCCGACUCGUUACACGCAAGCAAACGCCUUCGAUCCCUCUCAUCGUCCCCCAUCUCCGUCCCUCCAGCGGCUCUCCUCGAUACUACGCUCAGCCUAUCCUCUACUCCGAUCGCCUCUCCCCCACCGUGCCCGCCGUGUAACGGCGCGAUUUUGGAACGUUCGCCGUGUGACGACAACACCAAUGCCGCGCUCCCCUUCCUCGCAAUGCUCCGCCGCUUCAAGCCCCAAGCGCAAUCCCCCGCCGCCGCAAUUCCCCAGAUUCCUCGCGUCCUCAGCGCUAGUCCACUUCGGCGGACCAAUCCGCCACUCCCCGCGGUUCCUGCAGCUCCCGCUGCUCACCCCGCACGCUGUCCGCUCCCGCCUGUGGAGGCCCUCCGCCGCGCCGUGAAGCGCUCGCACGCCGCAGCCCGACUCGACGAGGAGGUUACCAGCCAGCUUCGGUCCACCUAUCCCUCGGAUUGCCCCUUGCAAGUCCCGUCAAACGCGCUCGAGGUCGGUGCCGCGGCGUCGGGACUCCCAGCGGUGCUUCCGUGCGACGCUGACGUGGCGGAGCGGCUCGUGAAGUACGACAGGCUGACGUCGUCGCUGCGUGGCUCUCUGCCGCCCGCGAAUCUCGCGCAGUGGGAUGCGGCGGUGGGCAAGCUGAGGGAUCGCGUCGCGAUGAAGGAGGAGUUUGGCAACGACGUGAACGGGUUUCUUCUGUUUCUCCACGCGCAGCUCGGUGCGCAGCAGCCGUCGGCGCGCAAGGCGCUUCAGCUGUUCGCUGCGUUCAAGCAGGCGCAGAGGCAGAAGCAGAACAUGGGAGCUGCGGUGUCGUCUGAAGCGCCGCUGCCGCCGGCGGCUGCGGCGGUUUCGCGCCGUGUCUCGGCACAGGCUUCCGAAGCUGACGACGAUACCGCUUCCGUGUGCAGCAACGAUCCCGAAUCCGCGGAACUGCGAGAUAGUGAGGCUGAAGGCUCACAGGCUGAGUCAUCCUUACUUCGCCGUGACUCAUCCACAUCGACUUCCGUGCCUUCCGCAAGCGGGUGUCGGGGUGACGUGUGCUCGCAGCAGCUGAAUGUGGAACAGCCGAGGCUGGCGAGCGAGGACAUGCGAUACCUCAAGUCGUCGGCGCUGCAGAUCUGGUUACUGGGUUACGAAUUCCCCGAGACCGUCAUGGUGUUUCUGCUGGGCGGCGGAGCCGGCGGGGAAGGCGGCGGAAGCGGCGGAGCGGUGCAUGUGGUGUGCAGCCAGAAGAAGGCGCAGCAUCUGGAGGCCGUCAGGCGCGUGUGCACGGAGAAAUCCGGCGGAGUGGAGAUGGUGCUGCACCCCAAGCCUCGCAGCGAGGACGGGUCCUCCCAGAUGGCGCAGGUCAUCGACGCCAUCCGAGCCUCCGGCGCAAGUUCGGCAGGCGGAGGUCCAGUGAGGCUGGGCGUGCUGGCAAAGGAGGCUCCAGAGGGGGCGAUCAUGGAGAAAUGGGCGGCGGCAGUGGAGGCAGCAGCGGGUGGGGGCGAGGGUGGGGAGAGUGGUGGAGAGGGGUUGGAGACGGUGGAUGUGGGGCCGGCGCUGGGGGAUGUGCUGGCGGUUAAGGAUGAGGGCGAGGUGAUUAAUAUCAAGAAGGCCGCGUUUCUUAGCGCGCAGGCACUCAAGGCGUUCGUGGUGCCGAAGAUGGAGGUGCUGAUAGACGAGGAGCGCAGCAUGACGCACGCGGAGCUGAUGGAGCAGACAGAGGAGGUCAUCACCGACCCCGCCAAGAUCAAAGUCAAGCUCAAACCCGACAACUGCGACAUCUGCUACCCGCCCGUCUUCCAGAGUGGAGGGCAAUAUGACUUGCGAGCGUCAGCAGUGAGCAGCGACGACCCUCUCUGCUACGAUUCCAUGGGCGUCAUCAUCUGUGCCAUCGGUGCCAGAUACGCCUCCUACUGCUCCAAUGUGGCGCGCACCUACCUCAUAGACGCCACCAAGGCACAGGAGAAGGCGUACCAGGUAUUGCUGAGGGCACAGGAAGCAGCGAUUGCAGCGAUCAAGCCGGGGGUACGGCUGGGGGAUGUGUAUAGAGCUGCAGUGGCGGUGGUGGAGAGGGAAGCGCCAGAGCUGGUGCCUCAUCUCACCAAACACGCCGGCACUGGCAUAGGCAUCGGUUUCGAGUGUGGCAUUGUUUCCCUCCUCUCCUCCCCGUCCUUUUCCCUCCUCUCCUCCCCCUCCUUUCCCCUCCUCUCCCCAGAGUUUCGAGAGGCCGGUCUCACACUGAACGCCAAGAACGAGCGGACGGUGAAAUCCGGCAUGGCGUUUAAUAUGGUGCUGGGCUUGCACGGCCUCACCAACCCAGAGGCUGGGGGAGGGGAGGAGGGGGCCGAGGCGAACGGAAACGCAGAGGGUGCGGGAGGCAAGGAGGGGGGGAAGGAUGGGGGCAAGGAGGGGAAGGGGGGUAGUGCGAAGCUGAGGAAGUAUGCGCUACUGGUGGCGGAUACGGUGGCGGUGAGGAGCGCUGCUGACAAGGACCGCUGGGUGGACGUUGCCACUGCCUCUGCUUCGAAAUCAUUUGCUGACGGUCAAGGGGGAGUGGGGGCUGACAAGGACCGCUGGGUCGAUGUUGCUACUGCUUUUUCUUCCAAGUCCUUUGCUGACGUGGCUUAUUCGCUCAAGGGGGAAGAUGAGGAAGAGGAGGACAUGGAUAAGGGCAAGCGACCAGCAGAGGCAGCAGGGGCAGGGGAACCCGCUGUGUUCGCCCGUGCGCACCUGCGAUCGGAGAAUCAAGAAGCCACAAAGGAGGAGCUGCGGCGGCAGCACCAGGCGGAGCUGGCGAAGCAGAAGAUUGAAGAGACGGCGCGGCGCCUGGCUGCUGGGGGGCUGGGCGCUCGCGAGGGCGAGGGGGCCAAGAGGCAGACGGGGGAUUUGGUCUCCUAUGGGGACGUGGAUGAGAUUCCUCUCGCGAUGAAGGACUACAAGAUCCAGGUGGAUCAACGCCACGAGUCCGUCCUCCUCCCCAUAUACGGCCUCCUGGUGCCGUUUCACGUGUGCAUGAUCCGCAACGUGACCAGCCAGCAGGACGGAGGGCACAUCUACAUCCGCAUCAUAUUCAACGUGCCCGGGGCGGGCUUCAGUGCUGCCGACCUGCCCAUGCAGAAGUUCCCUGACAGCAUUUUCAUCAAGGAGCUCUCGUUCAAGUCCACGGACUCACGGCAUGCUAAUCAGGUGGUGCAACUGAUAAAGACGAUGAGCAAGCACGUGCGGCAGCGGGAGUCGGAGCGUGCUGAGAGAGCGACACUUGUCACGCAGGAGAAGCUCCAGCUCAGCAAGGGCCGCCCGCCGCGCCUGCCCGACCUCUGGAUCCGACCUUCCUUCGGAGGGAAGGGCCGCAAGCUCACCGGGUCGCUGGAGGCUCAUUUGAAUGGGUUCCGGUAUUCCACUGCCAAGCCGGACGAGAGGAUGGAGGUGAUGUAUGGCAACAUCAAGCAUGCCUUCUUCCAGCCGGCUGAAAACGAGAUGAUCACACUGCUGCACUUCCACCUGCACAACCCCAUCAUGGUCGGCAAGAAAAAGACAAAAGACGUGCAGUUUUUUGCCGAGGUCAUGGAGGUGGUUCAAACGGUGGGCGGCUCGCGCCGCUCGGCUUACGACCCGGACGAAAUCGAGGAGGAGCAGAGGGAGCGGGAGCGGCGGAGCAAGAUCAACCGGGAAUUUAAAUCCUUUGUCAGCGCAGUGCAUUCUCUCUGGGAGAAGGACCGCGAGCUCGCUCGUCUCGACCUCGAAUUCGACGUGCCGUUCCGGGAAUUAGGGUUUCAUGGCGUCCCGCACAAGUCGUCCGCAUUCAUCGUACCGACGGUGAACUGCCUCGUGGAACUUAUAGAAGUGCCCUUCCUGGUGGUCACUCUGAACGAGGUCGAGAUUGUGAAUCUGGAGCGCGUGGGUCUCGGGCAGAAAACAUUCGACAUGGCGAUUGUUUUCAAGGAUUUCAAGCGGGAUUUUCUGCGGAUUGAUGCGAUCCCGAGCACUUCUCUCGACUCGGUGAAAGAAUGGCUGAAUUCGAUGAAUAUCAAGUACUAUGAGUCGCGGCUGAAUCUCAGCUGGAAGGCUAUCCUGCAGAAUAUUAUGAGCGAUCCCGAGGCUUUUCUAGCAGACGGCGGGUGGGAGUUUCUGAAUUUGGAGGCGUCAGAUAGCGAAGGGGAGGAGUCGGAGGAAUCGCAGGCGUACGAGCCGUCGGAUCUGGAGGAGGCUGCAUCCGACGAUGACGAUGACGAGAGCGAGGAUGAUGAGAGUGUGGUGGAUAGUGAGGAGGAAGAAGGGGAGGAGGAGGAAGAGGAGGAGGAGGAGGGGCCGACGUGGGAUGAGCUUGAGGCGAAGGCUUUAAGGGAGGAUCGGGAGAAGGGGGAGGAGAGUGACAGGUCUGGAGGGCCCAUGAAGCGACCGAAGUACUGA